GUUCAUAUAAAGAACACAAAAUAGAUAUAGACCGUCAUUCUAUAUAUUAUGAUAUUUAUGUUGAUACGUGCAAUAAAAUUAAUUCAAAAUAUAAAAUUUACAAUUUCGAUAAUGCAGAUCGUACUUGCACAAAUGUUAUGGCAUAUUUAAAUUUUAUAACUCCAGAUCGUAAAUCAAUAUAUGAUGAUAGUAGAUGUAGAUAUUUGUAUUAUUGGAUAUACGACAGUUUAUUAGAAAACAACAAAAAUUAUGAUGUGGCUUUUAAUUGGUAUAGUAUCAUACUAACAGAAUAUUUCAAUGUCAGUGAUGAUUUCCAUAUAUGCCGAAAUUAUAAGGAGAAAAGUGAAAAAAUAAUACUUGAAAAUUCGGCUAAAAUAAUAGAACUCUAUGAGCCCUUCAAUAAUGAUUGGAAAACAUUCGACUGUGCUCAUGCACAAAAAUGUUCAAAGAUAUAUACUAAGUAUGUAAAUGAAUGUCAUAAUGACUAUGAUUUCUGUUUAAAACUACAAAAUUUUAAAGAAGAAUAUGAAAAAAUGUUGAAAUCUAUAGGAACACCGUGCGAUACAGAGAAAAUAUUGCCAUCUGCUCUAAAACAUGAUCAUAGUGUUAUUAUAAUAAUUCCUAUUAUCAUACUAACAACAUUGCCCUUUCUUCUAUUUGUACUAUAUAAGUUUACUCCAAUUGGAUCACGAAUAACUUACCGAAAUCGAAGAAGAAAUGUAUUUUUCGAAAAUCAGUUCGAUAAUAGUAACACAUUAUUUCCUACUACUGGAAGAUCAAUGAGCACAGAAGAGAAUAUAGCGUAUAAUAUAGCUUACAAUUCUGCAACACAUUCCU